AUCUGAAAAAAAAAUAAGGGAAUUGCGCGACUGCGCAACCGUCCGUGAUAUUACCAAAGAGUAUAAAUAUUACUACAGUAUACGACACUUGAUUUGUAAAAUAUAUACUGUUAGUCUUUAUGAAAGAAGCAGUCUACCUGUACUUUUAUCGUAUCAAUUGAAGUGUUUUAUAUGAAGCUACUCUAUCAUCUGUACCUUGAUCAGCUUAGCUUAGAAUGUGAAGUUACUGUAUUGUACCAACAACUGGCAAACAGCUAUUUAAAUUUCAAAAAGUCGAUUGAAAACUCAGCAACUCAUUUUGCUUCUUUCUGUAAGUUGUGAAGGACAGUGAGAAUGCCUCCUAAGUUUAAGCGCCAUCUCAAGGAAUCUGACAUGCUUGGAUCACACCAUGUUGAGCGGGAAAAUUUAUUGGAUUAUCAAGAUGAUGAUGACGAUGAUGAUGAUUUCUUUCUCAAGAAAAGUCCUCUACCAAAUUCAGCCAAGGCAAAAACAGACAAUAAUAUUCAGAGAGCACAAAGAGGGGUAGAUGAAGUUGUAGACGUGAUGAGAGAUAAUGUUGCAAAAGUAUUGGACAGAGGAGAACAGUUGGAAGAUUUACAGGACAAAUCUGAUAAUUUGGCAAUGAGUUCCAUGGCAUUCCGGGUUAGUGCCAAAGGUUUGCGAUCACAUUUUUGGUGGCAGGAGUGCAAGACUCGCCUUGUAAUAUUGGUAAUUGUGUGUAUAGUGUUGCUUGUAAUAUUUUUGCCCUUGUUUCUGAAGAAGUCGUAAUUUGAAUAUUGGAGGAAUUUUUUUUGCGAAACUGGAAACAUGCAAUACACAGGAGUAUGUCAUCUGAGGAAUUAUGAUCUUUCGGAUAUUUUAAUUGGAGAUUAUGUAAAUUACCGCCCAAGUGAUGAUACUGUAGAAAAGACUACUUACAAUGCUAUAAGAUACUUAUUAAUUUUUUGUAUUUUAUUUUAUGAAUUUGAUUUUUAAAUUACUUUUUAAAAAAUUGAUUUUUAUAUUUACUCUUGUUUUUUUUCAAACAAUAAAUACAUAAUUAAAAAAAUAAUUCUAAAUUUUGGAUGGUCAAUAAAGUCCAUAAACACAGAUCUCAGUUUGGCGGUGGUGGUGUAACCCAUUCUUUUUUUAGCACAGAGAUACCUCGUUAUUAAGCAAUUAACGCAAGAGUGGGCUAUUGCAUCAAAAAUAUCAUUUUGGAAAGGUAGAAAACAUACUGGUUUGUUGCUUUUAUUAAUUUAUAAAUAAAAAAUCUGCCCACUUUGCAAUAACUUUAUGAUUGUGUGGAGAAUAUGAGGUUCGCCAUUUCAAAACCAGCGGAUUAUUGCUAAUUGUUAUACUGAGUGAUUAGCAUAAUGUGACAGUAUUGUAUACUUUCGUGCAGAGAAGUUAAAUACUUUUAUUUAUAACUUUACAAUCAGUAAAGCCACAUUUACACUAGGCACGAUAAGGAUACGACAACACGAUAAAAAUGCACUUGGGUGUUGAAAAAUAUGAAUGACACAAUGAUAUGUCGUCGUUGUGUUAAUGUAAAUGUAGCUAUAGUCGAUUCCAGUAAAUGACCCAUCAUUUUAAAGGUUACAAUGUUGAGAAUAAGAAUAUAUUCAAAAGUUAAUUUUCAUUUUUUGGUUACUGAUGCUGGUUUUGGGAUGGUAAGCCUCAUGCUAUCCUUAUUUCAGUUGCUUAAUUAUGGUUUGCAAAUGCAGUAAAUUGAAUUGAAUAAGAUUUUCCAAGAAAUAAAUAAUAAAGUCAAUUUUCUCCUAAACUGUAACACCAAAAUGUUAUGUGGAAAAUAUGUGGUUUGCCUAUAUUUGGGUAUGACGUCAUAAUAUAUAUGAUGAGUGUAAUAUUAAUCAACUCAUCAUAUGAUGAUGCCACAUAGCAAUAUUUGAGUGAAUAAAUUGAAUAUAUAUAUAUAUAUAAAUUUGUGUAUUAGAUUUGCACAAAAAAAUUAGUGAUUUUGUACCUUGAUAUUAUCUGUUCGCAGGUAGUAUUGUGUCAUAAACUACACAUUUUUUUUUUUUUUUUUUUUUUUGGUUUUAGUUACAUUCAUUUUAUUCAGUAUAUUAAUGCAAGUUUAUAAUUGUAGUUAAGUUAUAAAUUAAAACAAUUAUAAUUGUUAGAGUAGCUUAGCUCAGUUGACUAAACUGGUGACAAUUCUCUUGCUAGAGGGCUGAAUGCAAGUUUUGAAUAGCGCACCAUCUUUCGGAUGAGAUGAUUAACUUUAAACCAUUGGUCCUGUUUUCAAUAUUAUUAUUAUUUGUUAUGACAUUCCGCUUCCACACUGGAAUUACGUUGCUAACAACAUAAUUUGGAUUUUGAUAAAGAAUGAAGCAACAAUGAAACCAAUGAAAUCCUGAUGAAUUUUUUCAUUGUACUUAUGUAUUGUUUGUUUGCCUUGUUCCAUGUUUAUCUUAUUUUUGGGGAAAUGGUAUACUAUUUCAUAAGGUGCAUUACAUAUAUUUUCUUAUUAAUCACAAGUCUCAUUUACUUCUGCGAAUGAAUAAAGAGCUGUAUAUAUUUCUUGGAGUAUACAUUUUCCAUAUUGUGAUAUAUUUUAUAUUUAGGAUUUAAGAACAAAAUAAUUUAAAACAUUUUAUUUAACAAGAUAAUUACAGAUAAAAAAUAUUUUAAUGAGACAAAUUGGGUUUUUGGAAGUGCAAGUACAGUAGUGUUGCAUGUCCCAGUUAUUUGGUGCCACUGCGUAGUGGGCCGGGCAGUGUGUCCAAGUUAACUGUGCCACUGUGUAUUUGAAAAAGAGUUUAACCAUUGGUACUACUGUACUAGUAAUCAUUCAUCUAAAAUUUAUUCCAAUUAAUUGUACAUUAUAUAUCGUUGAUAUAAUUAUAACAGCAAAAUCAGGUAGGGUGAAUACUUAAUAUUUACUAUCAAAAUGGGUUUUUUUUCCAUACAAUACGUUUUAUUAUUAUUUUUGAAAAUAUUAAAAUUAAUUCGAAAUUUAAGAAA